UUCAGUCAGUCAGUCAGUUGAUACCGGACUAUCAAUAGAAACGGACGCGUGUUGAUCGAAAUUCGAACUUGUCGUAAUAUUUAAUUGUGCGCUUGUGUGAUAGGAUUUAUUAGUGCAAGUUAUUUGAAACUGGCACAAAUGUGCCCAUAAAGGAUUCAACGAAACUGCCGCCCAGGAUGACAAGCCGACCAUUCAGAAGCAAGCCAUUCAAAAUCCUCUCAAACUAUCUCAACACUUAAAAACACAAAGUGUAACAAACUAUAGUGAUAUUGUAUUAGUUCCUCUAUUUAUUGAAAUAAUAUAGUGAUAUUAGUUAUAAGCUUAGUGCCAUAUUGACAAUGAUCUUUCUAUGUGUGCUGUUAGUUAUCUUGAGUGUGGCGUUUGGGGAUAGGAGUCAUUUGCCCCCUACGUGUGAUAGUAUGAUAUAUUGUCACGGGCCCCUUCUGGACACGGUUCAGAUGGCUGGUCUGUACAACGACUCCAAGACCUUCGUAGACAUGAAGAUAAAACUGUCACCCAACAUCACGAUGGAGCACUUCGACCAGAUGAUGGCCAGGACAGGUUCCCGACCAACGAAGGCUGACAUUCAAGAGUUUGUGAACCAAAACUUCGACCCUGAAGGUUCUGAAUUCGAAGAAUGGGUACCCACGGAUUGGAAAGACAAUCCCGCAUUUCUGCAAAGGAUCAAGGACCCCCACUUCCACCAGUGGGCGUCAGACUUGAACAAGCUAUGGUUACAACUCGGCAGGAAGAUGAAACACGAGGUCAAGGAAAACCAAGAAUUGUACUCUAUUAUAUACGUCGAUAAUCCUGUUAUUGUUCCUGGUGGUAGAUUCCGCGAAUUCUACUACUGGGACUCCUACUGGAUUAUCAAGGGACUUCUGCUAUCAGAAAUGCGUAAUACCGCUAAAGGAAUGAUUCUAAAUUUCCUGAGUAUUGUCGAUCGAUUCGGAUUUAUACCCAAUGGAGGAAGAGUGUACUAUUUAAAAAGAUCUCAACCACCUCUCCUAAUUCCUAUGGUAAAAUUAAUAAUGGACGAAUUAGGUGAUCUCGAAUUUCUGAGACAACACAUCGGAACACUGGACCGUGAAUACGACUAUUGGAUGACGAACCACAGCAUUCCUGUUGAAUACAACGAACAAAAAUAUUUAAUGUUCAGAUACACUGACCAAUCCCAAGGACCCAGACCGGAGAGCUACAAAGAGGAUAUCGACUGCGCUAAACAUUUCGACACAUAUGAUAAAAGAGAGGAGUUAUACGCUGAGCUGAAGGCGGCAGCUGAGUCUGGCUGGGACUUCUCAUCGCGAUGGUUCAUUCUUAAUGGAACUAACAAAGGAAAUCUAACAAAUCUAAAAACAAGAUCGAUCAUACCGGUAGAUUUAAACGCCAUCAUGUGCUGGAACGCCCAAUUGUUGACUGAAUUCCAUGAAAAACUUCUAAAUUUCGAAAAAGCUCAGUAUUAUAGGGAGGUGCACGCGAGACUCAUGGAAUCUAUUGAAAAGGUCCUCUGGCACGAAGACGUAGGCGCUUGGUUAGAUUUCAGUCUAGAAUCAGGCAGACGAAGAGAUUACUUUUACCCAUCAAAUCUUGCUCCACUCUGGACCGGAAGUUAUGACAAAGCCAGGGGCGAAUAUUAUAUAUCUCGGGCUAUUAAUUAUUUGGAUAAGGUUAAGCUGGAGAACUACGAGGGCGGUAUACCCACGACGUUCGAGCACUCGGGCGAGCAGUGGGACUACCCGAACGCCUGGCCGCCGCUGCAGGACAUGGUGGUGUCGGGGCUCGCGUGCGCCGCCUCGCCGCCCGCCGCGCGCGCCGCCGCCGCGCUGGCCGCCACCUGGGUGCGCUCCAACUACGAGGUGUGGCGCCACCGGACCGCCAUGCUCGAGAAGUAUGAUGCGACAGUUUUCGGCGGUUUAGGCGGCGGAGGAGAAUACGUCGUGCAAACUGGCUUCGGCUGGUCCAACGGUGUUAUAAUGUCUCUAUUAGACAAAUAUGGAGAAACGUUAACAGUAUCGGAGCCUUUCGGUGACGACACAGAAGAAGUGAAAGGUGCAGCGGUUGGUGCGGGGGGAAUCGCGACCGCUCUCUUGGUCAUCGCUGCGUCCUUGGUAGCGGGGACUUUGGGAAUUAUGGUGUACAGAAAACGUCGGGACUAUUCACCUCUAGUAAAUGGCGAAGAUGUCAAAUUCUUAGGUCGGAGACCGUAUACAGAAUUAAGAAGUAUGAAUGGAGCAUCAAAUCCGAGACAACGGUGAAUGUAAACUAUUUCCAACUACCCUACCAGUACGAAACUACCAAAAUAUCUUACUAAUAAAAAAUAAUAAUAAUAUAUUUUAUGAACUCGUUGUGUAGAACUAAGUUUGAUGUUAUAUUGUACAUACAUUAUUAAUGUAUGGACAGAGUAUUCCAAUGUACGCUUACGGAACACAUAAGCAUAUAUAAAGUUAUAACUGCUCAUAUUUUAGCUCGUGAUUAUACUUCAUAAAACCGCGACAUUCUUUCGAGUUUGACAAUAAAACAAAUGGUAGGGGUCAUCAGUAAUGUCGGACGAUGGAGCUUGUAUACCAACCAGUUCUUUUGUGCUGUGAAUUAAUCUCUUGUAUAUAGGUAUAUAGAUAAAGUAGAUAUAUAGAAGAUAAGUAUCCUUGCUUGUAUAGGUAUCGGUUUUGUUAUAACUUGACCAUAGAGUUUGUUUUAAUAUUUUUCUACGCGCUAUAAAAUUUAUUAUUUUAAAUUAUACCUUUUUUGUAUGAUAGUUAUAAAAAACAGAUGUGAAACAUCUUUAAAUUUUUGUUGGUCAAGUUUCUUUAUGGAUUAAAUUAAAACUUUAAUAUUUAUUAUUGGCUCAAAAUUUAAUUUAAUUGUUUUGGCCUAUGAAAUAAUAAAGUAGGUAUCUUCCGCAUAGAACAAUUAUUGUAGUCGUUACAUAUAUUUUUAUAACGGUUUGAAAUCACAUUUUCACAAACUUUGUUUUGUUUUUAUUAUAUUUAUUUGACAAUAGAAAGAUGACAUUAUUGUAAAUCUUUUAUCUUAUAUCUAUCUUUUAUUUCUUAUAUCUUUGUUUUCUUUCUUAUAUCUCAAUAAAAAGAAAGUUGACUAAUUAUUACAAAAUAAAUUAUAUUAUGAAUAACAAAUGAGAUAAUUGAUGGUGUUUUAUUAACAUUAAUGCAAUAAAUAGUUUCUCUAUUAAAAUAUAUUGUAAAAUAAUAAUUAAUAAACAACAACCUCCAGAUGGUCGCUCUAUGGAUGUUUAAAAGUUGAAUUAUUGACCACAUUCACAGACAAGGAGUUAAAAAGUAACUAACUCAAAAAUGUAGCACAGCAACUGGUAUGACAACGCAGUGCUUAAACAGUUCAUCAUACCAUGGGGUUGCAAUAAACAGAAACAAGAGUUAUGUAUAAUUGUAUGUGUUCAAUAAAUUACACAUAAGGGAGAAUGUUUGAUUGAUUUUUUUUUAUUAUGGUAUUAUUGUAUUUUUUUUUUUUGUGUUAAAAUCUCAAAAUUUUUAACGAAUCCAAGCUAAUUAAUGUUAUACUUAGAUACAAAAUUAAAUAUUAUAUUAAAAAUAAUUUAUAAAAGAUAAUGACAAUUAAUUUAUUAUUUUAAAACUUCGAUCCUCAUUUAGAUAAAAUAAUCGGACAAAGUCAAUAGUAAUAAUUUAGUUAUAAAUAACUGAGUAUUAUUAGCUUAGAAUAAUAUUAGUUUUAAGUAGAAAAAUUAUAUAACUUUCGAAUAUUGUGUAUAUAGUUUUUUUUUUUUUUUUUUUUAAUUUUUUUGCUUGCAUUUAAAAAUGAAUUUGUGAUUUCAAAUCGGCCAUUUUGUUGUGUCACUUUGACAGGUAGCUAUGUGUUGAACAAGGUAAAAAAUAAAUUCCUAGUUAAAUGUGGUAGUGUAUUUAUUUAUAUAUUUUUAUCGAUCCUAUGUUUUACAGCGAUUAUACUUCAUUUAUUUCUAAAUAUAAAAAUAAAAUAAAAAUAGUUUUAAUACA